AGUGAAGGUUCUGAGGCUGAUAAUGGGCUACCAAGGAAUAAUUGGUCUCAUCAUGCCAAUGCAUUUAACAACUCUUCAAGCCAAGAUAAGCUAUUGACUUCAAAUUUCCUUUUCUCCCUGCCAAUACAAAAGCCUCGUGUUGAAGAAGCAAUGGUUGCAAGGUCCAUGGUUUUUAACAUCCAGAAUGUAAGAAUGUGCAGUCAGGAAGUUGAAAAGGUUUGGCAAGCUCUUUCAACUCUCGAGCUUUCUUCCAGGAAUUAUGUAAAACCUGGAAAAAUUGUGCCACUAAAUAAAGGUUUUAGCACUUCCGUAUCUCGAGCUUCUAGGCAACCUAUCCACCAGUCCGUAUCUGAUAUAAAAAGCACAUUUCAAGCAAAUGUGGAAUCACAUCAAGCAGUCAGACAAAGUAGUAUCAGAGGUGGUGAAUCAGGAAGUUACAAAGCAACUUCAGUUACAACAUCUGGCUAUGGCGUAGCUGAAGUAAGGAGGACUGGUACACACAUAUCACUCAGUAGCAGCUUUCAUCCGCAAGCUGUAAAUCCACCUAGCAAUCAUUCAAUUCAUAUCAGUGACAUGGCAAGAUCUGGAAAUACUUAUCCUGAGGGCGUUGAUGAUGAUAAUAUACUUGAGAAUAUUGACGUGGACCAAAUAGUCAUGGAACACUACCAGUCAACUUGCACACCUCAACCAUCAAUAUCCAAACUUCCUCCAAUUAAUCCAGUUGUAAAUAAAGAUAACUUAGUGGAACCCGAGGCAACAAGUUUGCCACCAGAGUUGUGCAUGAAAUGCAGUCAUGGGUUCCAGUUAGGAUUUUGUCCGGAAGCUUCAGUUCAUUUACAAGAGCUGAAGGAUAUGCUUAUUGGGAUAUCUAAUGAACUUAUUGACAAUAUUACUGAUUUGGAGUCAGAUCAGAUAGAGAAGCUUCGACAAGAAAGGAUGCAGCUGAACAUGCAAAUUCAACAACUAGAUAAAUACCUUCGUGCUAACUUAGUUAAUGAUGAGCGAAGAACGUCACAUUUCUCUGCAUCCACAGCAACUCCUUCGGCUUUUCAAUAUGAAACUCCUCCAGCAGUUCCAUUUAAGAUGGAUCCCACUAGGCUGGAUCCUCAAUUUUAUGCACAUAGUGAGCCAAAUGGUUUUGAUAGAUGGGAUUCAUCGUCAGUCUCAUUCACUUCCACAGACUGGUAUGGAGCUUCAGCAGCUCCUUUGGAGAGAGAACCAUAUGUUCCUAAGUAUGUUGAAGUCAAUUAUAUUGAAGGUUCCAAUGACAAAAAAUGGAGUAGCCGUGAUUUUCCAUGGACAAAGAAGCUAGAGGCAAAUAACAAGAGAGUAUUUGGCAAUCAUUCCUUUCGCCCCAACCAAAGAGAAGUGAUCAAUGCAACUAUGUGUGGACAUGAUGUUUUCGUGUUAAUGCCAACUGGAGGAGGAAAAAGUCUCACAUAUCAGCUUCCUGCUCUUAUAUGCCCUGGGAUAACUUUGGUUGUUUCCCCGCUUGUUUCACUCAUCCAAGAUCAGAUAAUGCAUCUACUACAGGCAAACAUUCCUGCUGCUUAUCUAAGUGCCAGCAUGGAGUGGAGCGAGCAACAGGAGAUUUUGAGGGAGCUGAAUUCAGAUUAUUGUAAAUACAAGCUGCUAUAUGUCACCCCUGAGAAAGUAGCUAAAAGUGACGUGCUGCUGCGACAACUGGAUGGUCUGAAUGGUCGUGGAUUGCUUGCUAGGAUUGUAAUUGAUGAAGCUCAUUGUGUAAGCCAGUGGGGACAUGAUUUUCGACCAGAUUAUCAGGGUCUUGGUGUCUUGAAACAGAAGUUUCCAAGUGUACCUGUUCUAGCCUUGACUGCUACUGCCACAAUCAGUGUCAAAGAAGAUGUUGUUCAGGCUCUGGGCCUUGUAAACUGCAUUGUGUUUAAACAAAGUUUUAACCGCCCAAACUUACGAUACUCAGUUAUCCCAAAGACAAAGAAAUGUGUGGAUGAUAUUGACAACUUCAUAAGGCAAAAUCAUUUUGAUGAAUGUGGAAUUGUUUAUUGUCUUUCAAGAAUGGAUUGUGAAAAAGUUGCAGAAAAGUUACAGGAAUGUGGGCAUAAAGCAGCUUUUUACCAUGGAAGUAUGGAUGCUGCACAGCGUGCUUUUAUACAGAAACAAUGGAGCAAGGAUGAGAUAAAUAUAAUAUGUGCAACUGUCGCAUUUGGAAUGGGUAUUAACAAGCCAGAUGUUCGCUUUGUCAUUCAUCACUCACUUCCAAAAUCUAUUGAAGGUUACCAUCAGGAGUGUGGUCGUGCUGGUAGAGAUGGCCAGCCUUCAUCUUGUGUGUUGUACUACAGUUAUAGUGACUAUAUUCGACUAAAGCAUAUGAUUAGUCAAGCAACUGUAGAGCAGAGUUUUGGGGUAUCUGGAUACAAUCGUGCUAGUGCUAAACCUUCAGGAAGAAUAUUGGAAAUGAAUACUGAAAAUCUUCUCAGAAUGGUCAGUUACUGUGAAAAUAAUGUUGAUUGCCGGCGUCUCCUACAGCUUAUUCAUUUUGGGGAGAAAUUUGAUUCUCUCAAUUGUCAAAAAACAUGUGACAACUGUACCAAGACUCAAAGCUGUAUCGAGAAGGAUGUCACAAAUAUAGCAAAACAAUUGGUGGAAUUGGUAAAGAUGACUGGACAACAGUUUGCAUCAGCUCAUAUCUUGGAAGUCUACAGGGGAUCCUUAAACCAAUUUGUGAAGAAACACAGGCAUGAGACUUUGAGCCUGCACGGAGCUGGAAAACAUCUUCUCAAGGGUGAAGCAUCCCGUGUGCUGCGUCAUCUUGUUAUUGAGGAUAUUCUUGUGGAGGAUGUAAAAAAGAGCGAUGUUUUUGGAUCAACAUCUUCUGUGUUGAAGGUGAAUGAGUCUAAGGUUCAACAUCUUUUGUACAGAGGCCAGCCUAUUAAACUAAGAUUUCCCUCCACCAAGCCAUCUAAAUGGGGUACGUCUGCAGCAACUCCAGCCAAAGGCUCACUGACCUUUGGAAAGCAGGGUUCUCCAGAAAUGAUCUCUCCUGGCCAACCUCAAGCGGAAGUUGACUUGAACCUUUCAGCCAAACUUUAUACUGCAUUGCGGAUGCUUAGAACUAUUCUCGUUAAGGAAGCUGGAGACGGCGUCAUGGCUUAUCAUAUAUUCAGAAAUGACACAUUGCAGCAGAUCAGUAAGAAAAUACCUAGAACAAAGGAUGAGCUUCUGGAGAUAAACGGAAUCGGGAAGGCCAAAGUAAGCAAGUAUGGGGAUAGGGUAUUGGAAACAAUUGAGGCUACCAUCAAGGAACACAAGAUAGACAAAACCAGUGGCAGCAGUAGUAACGAUAGUGCUGAUUCCAUGAAAAGGAGAAGAGACACUGUCAAAGAACGUGCUGGGAAGUCAGGAGAUGAUGAAGACUUCAACGAGAGCACAGGUCGGUCUAAGAAAAGGACUUUGAAAAGGCAAAAUUCUAGUGUUGAAGCUACUGAUAGUGGAGAUCUGGUUGCCGACAACGACUGCAUAUUUGAUGAUGAUAUGGAUUUUGAUGAAUUGAACUGUGAUGUUCAAUCUAAUAGCACAAACUCAAAGGCUGAUGUGAAUAAUGGGGGGAGAGUACUGCCUUCAUGGUCAUCCCCAGCUACCAAGGUUUAUGCUUAGGUCCUAUAAUACGGGUCCGUUUUCAAAGAAUAACUAAAUUAUGAUUACAUUCCCGUUUCCAAAUUUUGAAGGAGAAAUUUAUGCAUUGGAAGGAUGGGAAAUGUUGUGGUUAAAGAACCGUGAAGAAAAUGUACAAGUUCCUAGACUUCCACCCAUAGCUUUGCAUGCAUGAAAAUCUUAUUCAUGUCCAUAAGCCAGUAACGAUACUUGUGAGGAUUCAUCAAUGUGCAAGAUCAAUGAGUUUGAUCAUC